CCCCCUCAGCCCCUCAUGACCCGGAGGGCUUUAGGACCCAGCUGCGGGCAUCCCGGAAGGGGAAGGGGCAGGGCCACUCUGCGCGCGCCGCGGCCUGGAGCAUUUGAAGCGCGCGCAGGCGCGAGUGGCGGCGGAGGAGCGGGGUCCCCGGCGGCUGCGUGUUCUGGGGGCUUCAGAGGAAGUAUAAUGUCUCAGGAAGGCAGUUACGGGAGGUGGACGAUAUCCAGUAGUGAUGAAAGCGAGGAGGAAAAGCCAAGACCGGACGAGCCAUCUACCUCUUUUCUCCCGCACGCUGAGCAGGGAGCAGCCAGUGAGGCAAAGUACACCUGUUCCGAGGCUCGGAAAGCUGCCCACAGGAGGAAGAUCGCACCCGUGAAAUUCAGCAACGCAGAGUCCGUUUCAGAAGCUUCACCUCCCAAAAGGCAGAAGGGCGGUUCCCAGGAAGACCUGGGCUGGCAUCUCUCCAGCAGUGAGGAUGAGCUGCCAACUAAUUCAGAACCUUUGAAUGGUGUAUUCCCUUCAAGAUGUAUUUUAGGUUUGUUUAUGAGUAUUGUAGCAAAUUGUCCAUGUUGAUACAUAAUAUAUGUAGUUCAUCAUUAGA